AGUGAGGCAGAGGAUAAGGAAAUUAUCAUAUAAAGAAAAAAACUAAUGAUGACUUAGCUUUUCAGUAUUUCCCUUGAUGACGACAGAGAUGGCCAAUGUGGGAAAAAGUUCAUCCAUCAAUAGCGAUGAAAACACCAACCAUGGAGGCAGCUGAUGCAUCUAUAAAUCUACUCCAAAAUCACAGAGUUGAGCAUAUAGGAGCAAUUAGCAAACAAUGCCAGCAUAUAAGUCCAUCUGACCAAACUAUAUAUAUUGCGUGCAAACAGGGAACCGAAGAGGUCAUCUCAGAUGUUCUUGGUGUGGAAGUGUUUCAGGCAAACUAUUGCAGGAAACAUCCUGGUGGGGAGCUUCUGUUCACCCGCAGACGCCAUCAACCGGGGCAGCGAGGUGGUGGCCGCCGGCAUGGCGGUGAACGACUGGGCGGCGUUCUGCGGCGCCGACACGACGGCGACGGAGCUGUCCGUGGUGGCGUGGUGGAGAGCGUGUUCCGAGACAUGAGCAGGUCGCUCGUCGUCAGCAGCUACCUGUAGAGAAUAGAGAGAUCAAAGCCCGGUUUUUUGCUUGGGGGAUUUGUGUCAGAAUUCAGAAUGCUUAAGCCAAAGACACAUUAUCGCCAUAUCUAAUCUCCCCUUGCUUGUAUCCUGAGUAGUGACAGUAUAAGUGUUCGCAUGGAUCGAAGCAGUUUUGAUCCUGUGUCAAAGAUGAAUUUUGUAUCUUUGCAAAUCUGGAACGAUGGAAAUGCCUUUUUUUUUAAGUCAAAUCAAAAUAGAAUUUCGUAUCGCUCCAGCUCAGGAAAGAAUGUUGUCUUGAUAAA